AGUCCUGCCAUCCGCCGGAUCCUGCGUGAGGCAAAAGAGUUGGCUGAGGCGGAUCCUGAUAUCUACGCUGCUCCGGCUGAGGAUGACCUGUUUGAAUGGCACUUUGUGAUCCGUGGUCCGCCUUCGAGUGUGUACGAGCACGGGCUGUACCAUGGCCGGAUUAACCUGCCGAGCAACUACCCCAUGUCACCGCCUAGUUUCCGGUUCCUGCACGACAGCGGCAGGUUCGAAGUCAACCGCGAGAUCUGUCUGUCGAUCAGCAACUUCCAUGUCGAGGAGUGGCAGCCUGCGUGGGGUAUUCGUAUGGCGCUGGUAGCGCUGCGCUCGUUCAUGCUCACGUCGGCGGAUGGGGCGGUGGGGAGUAUAGACGGCGUGCCGGACGAGACGCGGCGGAAGAUUGCGGAGAGGAGUCGGUCGUUUGUGUGUCCAAAGUGCAGGGUGAGGAAUGAUUGCCUGUUGGCUGAUAAAAGUUCGUCCACGUCGACGACGCCGGCGGCGGCACCUGGAGCGGAGGGUACGAAUAUCAACGACAGCCAUAGCGCGCAAAAGACGAUGGUGGCGAGCAGUACUACACCGAAUCAGACUACAACCACACCAACUCAUACCACAACCACAUCUCAGCCU